UUAUUAUUACUUUCACUAAUAAUAAUCAUAAUAAUAUUAAUCACAUAUACUCUCGUUUCCCUUCACAGAUACGACAACGUACCUAUAUCACCAUAAGUUCUUUGAAAAAAGAAAAAAAUAAUAACAACCCCUCUUCCCCUAAAGAAUUAAAAAUGAAUAAAUAAAUAUAUAUAAAAGAAAAGAAUGAAAAACUAAAAAAGAAAAAAAAAGGCCAUGAAAACCACCAUGUUAAUCCGCCUUCUCAAAAACGUCUUUAAGUCCGUAAUCCUUACGAUCCUCUUUGUCUUCAUCGUACACCAAUUAACAGAGGAUCACGUGACCCCAAACUCUUCUCUGACGAUAAAGUAUUGGAAUCGAAAUGCAUUAAAAGUAAAAGGGCGAUAUUCAGGAUACCAUUUACCUUAUAUCGUGAUACCCUUGUUAGGAGAGACGCUUCGCGAGGGGAAACUCAAUGAAAUUUAUCCUACGCUCGAGCGACGUUUUCUCGCUCCUGGAGUACGGUUUCCGGGUGACGUCGUGAAGGACUAUGUCGAGGGAGCCGCUCCUACUUACAGCAUCAAACGAGCAAGCCCCGAGUCAUCUCCCGACGCGUUAGUAAACCGAAAACUAACGAGGGUCAAGGACUAUUUCGACUACUUACAGCAUCCCAGACUAAGGUGUAGGAAAUUGAAGAGAAUGGGAGGCAGCUAUACUUGUGAUGGCCAGGGAGAUCAGGAAGGGAUGGAUGGCCAUAAGUACGUGUGUAUGGACCCCAGCCUCGAACUUGGGGGGACAAAGGACCCCAAAUCCUGCCUUACGAUGUCCUAUGGGGUUCAUAGGGAUUCUACCUUUGACGGAGAUGUUGCAGAGUUGCAAUGUGAAGUCCAUAUGUUUGAUGUUCUCAACUUUAAUCCUCUGUUAGCCAAGGAAGUGGAGCAUGUUUACUUCCAUUUGGAGGGCCUCGCUCGCAGGAAAGUCGUCACCUUUUACCCCAACAUCAACAUCAGCGUCGGAAUGAACGAUGUCCUCGGGCAUAUGCUGGAACAUAAGCUCGACCCCCGGGCCAUAAAUAUUCUGAAGAUUGACAUUGAAGGAUCGGAAUGGGAUGCUCUUGAAGACGUAACGAGUAAAAAAGGAAUGAAAAUUCUCGAGCUCGUUGGCCAGAUCGCUAUCGAGUUACACGUCGUGGACUUGGUGCAAGAUCUGAGCUAUGAUUGGCUAGACAGGAAGACUCCUGACCAAUGGCUGGACGUUUUACAAAAGCGCUUCGACAUUCUCAUGGGCCUAGAGGACAUGGGCUUCCGCCCCGUGGUCUACUGGGACAACGUUCAGGAUAAAUACGCUUUGCGUGACGAGGACGGCGAGCGCUACGAGACGGCUGGCGAGAUCCUCUACGUCAACACCAACUGGUAUAAUGCGACUUUUAAGCGCAUGUUGAUAGAGGAGGGGGUUCAGUUCCGUGGGGGGUGA